AUGGAGUUUGGUGCAAGGAUGGGGAUCAAGGAAGAGCUUAUGGAUCUGGAUUAUGGGCUUCAUUUCCAGCUUGAAUCAUUAAACUCAAAACUCAACAGAACAAAAAUUGAAAAUCCAUGGUUUUUGUUUGGCGUUUCUUAUGUUGGAGCUCUUAGUGCAUGGUUUCGUUUGAAGUUCCCUCAUCUCACAUGUGGGAGUCUUGCAAGUUCUGCUGUAGUUAAUGAUGUUUACAAUUUCACUGAAUUUGAUCAACAUGUUGGUGACUCAGCAGGACCUGAAUGUAAAGCCGUAUUACAAGAAGUUACUCAACUUGUUGAAGAAAAGCUUGCAUCAAAUAGUAAAGCAUUGAAGACCAAAUUUGGUGCUACUCAUCUGAAAAUAGAUGGCGACUUUUUGUAUUUUCUAGCAGAGGUUGCAUCCAUAGCUAAAGCGUAUGCAAAAUACGUGAAGGAAUAUUAUAUAGGAAGUUAUGGAGCAGAUGUUGAAUCGUAUAACCAAGAAAAUCUGAAAAAGACAAAGCCAAAUGUGCAUGAAUGUGCUGACCGGUUAUGGUGGUUCCAAGUUUGUAGUGAAGUUGCAUAUUUCCAGGUCUUGCGGAUGAAAACGAAUUUGUACGUGAGGCUGCACUUGGAGCUGGACACAUACUGGUGGACACAUACCCUUAUCAGUUUCCUUGAUUUACAGGGUGUCUGUAUUGGACUGAGUGAAGUGAUGGCUAGUGCUGGUAGGACCCAUUUGUUAAGUUUCAUGGAUGAUCUUAUUCCCACCAUUCAUACAGCUCUAUGUGAUAGUGCUUUCAAUGCACAUGCUAUAGGAGCUGUUGCGGAGGUUGCAGGUGCUGGUUUAAAUGUCCAUCUUUCAACAGUUCUUAAAGCUUUGCUCUCUGCAAUGGGAGAUGAUGAUCAUGCGGAGGUCCAAAAUCUUGCAAAGAAGGCUACAGAAACUGUGGUGUUGGCUGCCUGGGAAGCACUGUCUAGAGUUGUUGGUUUAGUCCCGAAAGAAGUUCUCCCAUCAUAUAUAAAAUUAGUUCGUGAUGUUGUAUCCACAUCUAGAGACAAGGAACGUAGAAAGAAGAAGGGUGGACCAAUUGCUAUACUUGGGUUAUGUCUCCCAAGGGCUCUUCAACUAUUGCUUCCCAUAUACCUUCAGGGCCUAAUAAGCGGGUCUGCAGAAUUGAGAGAACAGACUGCUCAAGGUAUUGGAGAAUUAAUUGAAGUAACAAGUGAAAAAGCACUCAAGGAGUUUGUUAUCCCUAUUACAGGGUACCUGAAGGAUAUGGAAUUGGGUGUUUUGAGUGACAUGGCUGACAUUCAUAAAAAACUUGCUGGAAGCCUGGAAGUUACUAAAGAAACAGAAACAAGGGUGAAUAAGCAUAAAGCAAAUCUUACACUUCAAUGUCUAUGGAGAUCAAAGGUAGCAAGGAAAGAAUUAAAAAUGUUGAAGCUGGCUGCAAGAGAUGCUGGAGCCCUUAGAGAAGCUAAGGACAAACUGGAGAAGUGA